GAGGACCAUAGUUCUGAUCAAUUUGGUGUAUUAUAGCAUUCUAUGGUCCCAAUUUUGGAUAACUACUGGACUUUCUCUUAUCCUUCGCUGAUCAAGUUGAUGCUGCUUUUCUUGUAGUCUUUUAUCGGAUGGAAUAUAUGCAACAUACCUAGCUAGCCAGGUCCAUAUCUAUAGUUACCUUGUACCAAAAAAUAGCAUAUCUACCAUAGCUAAAGCACAUAUUUUCUACAAAAUUUAACCCUAUCAUGCUGCAUGAUCCUUCAAUGGAAGCUGCGACGUGACGGAUCAAAUCAAACAAGCCAUGCAAACUUUAGUUGUAUACCGCCCGCACCGCUUGCUCUUGGACAUGGAUUCUGGGAUGCCACCUGAUAGCCAUGGAUGCAGGAAUUCGAGUAUCCUCAACAGUGAUGAAAACAGCAACAUGGCGAUAGUUUUGGUAGCUUUGCUGUUUGCAUUCUUAUGUGCUCUUGGAAUAAAGUCCGUAGCACGUUGUGCUCUAAGAUGUGGCUAUAGAAUUGGCUUUGAGACUCCGCAGCAAGCUGCUUCACGCCUAGCUGCGGCCACUAAUACAGGACUAAUGAAAAGUGCACUGAGGCAGAUUCCGGUGGUAACUUAUGAAUCAGGACUAAAUAUUCAGGUCACUGAUUGUACAAUAUGCCUUGGAGAGUUUUCGGAAGGCGAAAAGAUGAGCCGAAUGUGAGAAUCCCGGUCCUGGAAAAUGGAGCCGGCGGAUAACUUAGCACAAUACACAUGUAGGUGGCGAAACUCAAUAAAGGAGUUGGUUGCCGGCACCAAAUUUCCCGCGAGGAGGUCAAGCCUUGCUUCUAUGGAACAUUCUGUUAUUGUAGAAUGGAGGACAAACAGGACCCUUUAUUUCAUUAAUGUACAUAUAUUUUCUUUUCUAUGCUUAAGGUUGUGUUUAAUUAAUGUUCUAAAAUAAAAGAGAUUAAUAACAAUAUAUAUAUAGGGGCGUAAUCACAGGAAAGCAAGCAGGGGCUCGGGCCCUGCAAAGAAAAAUUGUGAUGACUGAUUUUGUAGGUUUUUUUGCUCUUAGUAAUAGUGUAAUAAGAUGUGAUAUUUAAAUAGGUGAGUCUUCUAAUAGUAAAUAUAUUUGUUGUUCA